UUCCCAAACCUCCACCUACAAACAUGCACUACACCGCCCUCGUGCUGCGGUAUCACACCUGAGAGGCGGUACGACACCUGAGAGGCGGUACGACACCUGAGAACCGGUACGACACCUUCCAUGUACAGAAGUGAAAGUAAAUCUUUGAACCUUCGACAGAUCACAACAGGACAAAAGGUCUGCCUUUAUUCUUGAAGAACACAACAAAACACAGCACACACCUGUGAAAAUGAGUUCCCCUGAUGAUGUUAUAGAUGGGAGACACCAGAAUGGAAGGUCUGCCUCACCUGAACCCAGCGCUGUGUCUAUGAGAAGUCGGCAGUCAAAGGGAGCAGGAAUAGUGUUUCAACAAGCAGAGGAAGAAAGUCUUAUUGAUCAAAAGAGCUUCGAGUCCCCUGAACCCAGUUCUGUGUCUAUGAAGAGUGAACAAUCGAUGGGAGCAGGAAUAGUGUUUUGGGGAGAGAAAAAAAGAACCACAGAUUCACCUGAACCCAGCGCUGUGUCAAUGAAGAGUGAACAAUCGAAGGGAGCAGGAAUAGUGUUUCGGGGAGAGAAAAAAAGGGCCACAGAUUCGCCUGAACCCAGUGUUGUGUCUAUGAAGAGUGAGCAGUCGAUGGGAGCAGGAAUAGUGUUUCAGAAAGAGAAAGAAAGAAAUAAACGUGGCAUAUCAGAUCCCUUGAUGGUGCUCAAUGCUGAUUCCCUGGACCUGAAGAACAAAGAGCAUCAGAGCAGUAAUGAAGAACUGAACCAUGUGUGGAAAAAAAGAUUGAAAUUGAAACUACAGAGCAAAUUUCAGAUGAUUAACGAGGGAAUCUCAGUGUAUGGAAACUCAAGACUUCUAAAUGAGAUUUACACAGAACUCUACAUCACAUCAGAUUCUGGGUUUGGACACAUCAUUAAUGAACAUGAGGUCAGACUUGUUGAAAAUACAAGUAGGAGACUAAUAACAGAGGAUUCCAUCAAUUGUGAUGACAUAUUUAGAGCCUUACCUGGAUAUGAGAAACCCAUCAGAGCUGUGCUAACAGAAGGCAUUGCUGGAAUUGGGAAAACAGUUUCUGUUCAGAAGUUUGUCCUGGACUGGGCUGAAGGAAAAGCAAAUCAGGAUUUGGACUUUAUUUUUCCAUUUAACUUCAGGGAGUUGAAUUUUAAGAAACAAGAAGAUCUCAGUUUGUUGGAGCUUGUCCACUUUUAUUUCCCAGAAACCAAAGAACAUAAAAUAGACUUUCAUCGUUACAAAAUCUUGUUCAUCUUCGAUGGACUGGACGAGUCUCGUUUUUCUCCUGAUUUCAUAAGCAGUAAAAUGUUGACUGAUCCAACAGAAUCAGCUAGAAUAGAAACUCUGUUAACAAACCUUAUUAACGGGAAUCUGCUUCCAUCUGCACUUCUCUGGAUAACAUCUCGACCAGCAGCAUCCAGUCAGAUUCCUGCUGUUUAUAUUGACAGAGUAACAGAGGUACGAGGCUUCAGUAACCCUCAGAAAGAUGAGUAUUUCCUGAAAAGGAUCACAGAUAAAACCCUGGCUAAUAAAAUAAUCUCACACCUAAAGUCAACUCGGAGUCUUUAUAUUAUGUGCCACAUCCCAGUCUUCUGCUGGAUGUCAGCGACUGUUCUUGAGGGAAUGUUCAGUGAAGCAGAAAGUGGAGAGAUCCCAAAGACCCUGACUCAAAUGUUCACACAUUUCCUAAUCUUUCAAAUCAAACGCGGAUCCCAAAAGUACAAAAAAUGUGAAAUGAAUCCUGGACAGAUUGCCAAGAUUGUAUUUAAACUGGGAAAGCUGGCGUUCCAGCAGCUGGAGAAAGGAAACCUGAUCUUCUAUGUGGACGACAUCACUGAGUGUGGGAUUGAUGUCCAAGAGGCCAUGGUGUACUCAGGGGUUUGCACUCAGAUCUUUAUUGAGAAAGUCAAUUCACACCUGGGGAAAGUGUACAGCUUUGUGCAUCUGAGUGUUCAGGAGCAUCUUGCAGCUAUGUAUGUAUUUCUCUCACAUGUCAAUGGAAAUCUCUCAAAACAACAAACCCCUGUAAUCUUCGGCCUCUCCAGCGAAGCAACACUGAUAGACCUUCUAAAGACAGCAGUAGACAAGGCCUUACAGAGUGAGAAUGGAUACCUGGACCUUUUCCUUCGCUUCCUCAUGGGUUUCUCACUGGGGUCCAAUUCGAUUUUCUUCCAGUGCCUACUGACUGAGACAGGACGCAGCUCUCUGAGCAAAGAUGCUGCUGUCACAAACAAGGAAAUAACCACGUACAUCAAGGAGAAGAUCAGAGAGAAUCCAAAAGAAUGCAAAACCAUCAAUCUCUUCCAUUGUCUGAAUGAACUGAAUGACCAGUCUCUGGUAGAGGAAGUUCAAGUCUUUUUGAAUAAAAGAGAAAAUUAUCGACUCCGUGGAGUCCAACUUUCUCCAGUUCAGUGGACAGCUCUGAAUUUCUUGUUGCUGAUCUCAGAAGAGGAUCGAGAAGAGUUCAACCUACAGAAGUAUGCAGCAUCGGAUGAGUGUCUGAUGAACAUGUGCUUUCUUGUCACUACAUGCAAUAAAGCUCUGCUGCGUGACUGUAAUCUUACAGAGAAAAGUUGUAAAAGUCUGGCUGUAGCUCUCAGCAAGGCAGAAGUUUCCUGGGUGAGAGAGCUGGACAUGAGUGGUAAUGCACUGCUGGAUUCAGGAGUCAAACUGCUUGCUGAUGGGCUAAAGAAUCCACAGUGUAAAGUAGAGAUCCUACGACUUGGUGACUGUGGUCUCACUGAGGAAAGCUGUGCAGUUAUUGCUUCAGUACUUUCCUCUACGUCAUCGCGUCUAACAGAGUUGUGUCUCAGCCACAAUAAACUGAGGGAUUCGGGAGUAAAGAAGCUUUCAGAAGCUCUUCAGAGCCCGAAAUGUAAACUAAAGACACUGAGGUUACAUGACUGUAACAUUACAAUGGACGGCUGUGUCGCUCUUGGUGCAGCUCUGAGCUCAAAAUCACCCCUGAGAGAGCUUGAUCUGAGCUGUAAUGAUUUAGGAGACCAGGGAGUUAAACUGCUCACUGAUAUAAAGGAGAAUGAAAAGUACACACUGGAGAAGUUGGAGCUCUGAGAUCUUGUGACCUGACCUGGUUUAAGUCUUGUGGAGACAACAGCUAACACAUACUCACACUUUCUUAAAUAUCCAUCAUCAUUCCUGACAUAAUAGGUUUCUAGACUCAGAUGAGUAAUAUACGAGUAAUAUGGUUAAGUUUUCCACCUUUGUAGCUUAUCAAGCGAACUUUGGUGUUUAAGUGGUGUUUGUGACCUGAUUUUACUGGUUCUGUGUAAAAAAGAAGUAAAAAAGUGAAAAUCAUUUUCAUCUAAAUAAGUCUGUUUUGUAACAUGGUGAUUUUCUGAUCACAGAAAUCAGUACUGGACCAUUAUAAAACAAUGUUGCUACACUUUAUUAUAUGCUAUAUACUGCACUUAUCUAGCACCUGUGCAGAUGAAUCUCAUCUUACUCCUUAUUUCACACCUCUAGAUUUUCUUCACUUGUACUCGUGUAAUAUAAAUGUAUCUACGUCUUAAGACACUACAUGACAUAAAAGUCUUAUAGCAGCAGCCUGUAACAGUAGACUAACAUAUAAAGAUUUCAAAUAAAAAGCUGCAUACAUUAAUUGCCAAUGUGAGAUAUUGACUAUUAUGUACAGAUGUAUUCUCCUGUGUUGUAUAACUACGUGUUACUCAGUGUGUCAUGUGAUGUACUAUGUGUUCUGUAAAUUCAUGUCUGUACAAAUAACCAACUUUGAUGUUAUCACUUUAACUGUAUGUUACUCAAAGUUCCUGUGCUACUAUAACACUGCUUAUUUAUACACAAUGGGCCCUUUAUAAGAGCGCCGACACAGUAAAAUGAUUUGCAGAAAGUUUAAAGCCAGUUGCAGGAGAUCUGUGCAGCGAUGAUAUCAGUUCUUUAUGUUGAAUUCAUUCUCAUUAACAUUUAUAUCUCAUUCUUUCCAAAGUCAUCCCUUAUCACUUGUGGUGAUAUUUCAAGCUAUUUCUUUCUGAUAAUUCUUUCUGUUAAACUGUGUUUAACUCAGUCAUUGUUGUGGAAUGAAGUUACUCUGGAUGUGUGAAAAAAAAAAGUCAUAAUUACGUACUGUAGUGUUCGUGAGGGCCUAACAUCAGAAACACAGUCUGACAUAAAGAGAGAGAGAGAGUCAUUAUGAUUGUGACCCGUUAUUUGCUUAUGACUGUGACCCUAUUUGCAGGCUUGUGUGGUUUCCUUCAUCAACCGCUUUACAUUACAAGAUUGCAAACAAUCACCAGUUUACAUUUUCCUGAACCAAACCUGUGCAAUAUACAACCUGGGACUUUUAUACACUUCAUAUGACAGCAUGUGUGACAUCAUAUAGGUCAUCAUUCAAGAGUAUAAAAUGGCUCACACACAGUCAGUCGGUGUGUGUUAUUGUAGGAGUUUUUGUUUGUAGAUGGUAUACAUAGGAAAUGCUGUUUUCCUAUGUAUACCAAAAAACAAAGUGUGUGUGUGUGUGUGUGUGUGUGUGUGUGUGUGUGUGUGUGUGUGUGUGUGUGUGUGUGUGUGUGUGUGUGUGAUGUAGAUUAAUCAUGACCGGGCCAAAACUUUCUGCUUUUUACAUCAUGGCUGUGUCAAGAAUAUCACUGUGUUUAUGAGGUAGUACUGAUGGGAUUUUCUGUUGCCACGUGAAAUCUCCGGUGUGUUGCUGGGAGACGUGGUGUAUGGCUGCCAGCCUUUUCUCCUGACACCUUUCACAGACCCCCAAGAAGCACAGCAGGCCUACAACCAUGCCAUGCCAGGACCAGGGCCAGAGUUGAGACAGAGCUGAGUUGGGACAAUCCGGCAAUCUUCCCUGAUAACAACAGUGGUCGGCUGCUGAGGGACCAAUACUGUAUGUGUUGAAUUAUUUUAGUUAGUAUGUGCGCUUUCAGUGUUGGUUAAAUAUGUCCUGCGCCGGCAGAGGGAUUUUUUGGGGGGUUUUUUUGUGUUCAAAAAUUUUUUUUUUCAUUGAUUUGGCCUCUUAUGAUGUUUGUGCUGUGUACUGUGUGUAAUACAAGCUUGCAGGGAGGCUACUGCAUUCAUUCAUGUGUCUGUUCAGUUGAUGUGUAUAGAUUUGUCCUGCAUUUAUUUCAGUGUGCAGACAUGCGGGGUGUGUUAUAUACAGACCUUUGAAUGUGUAUUUAUCCUUUUGUUGUAUAAUAUGCUUUGAUUCUGUGCUUUCCAUCUGUAGAGUGUAGACAUGUAGAGUCACUGUGUGACUUCAGUUUCGAAAGGAGCUGAUGGUUUACCUGCUUUGUUUUAACCUUAUUCAAUAAAGGAACAUAAUGUUUCA